UUCAAGUUUUUUGACAUAAUCAAAAUCUGAAAAUGAAAUAAGAUUAGUUUGCAAAUUAUCACACGCUUCUCUAAUUUUUUAAAAAAAAUUAUCACAUGCACAUAAUUAUAUAUAUAUGUAUUUUUGAAAGCAUAUAUAUUUUGUUAUUUACCUACGCAAUACAUAACGGUCAAAAUCAACAGCCUUCUUGUUUUCAGGUCUUGAAUAAAGUAAGUGAAUGAUUCAUACAUAUUUGGACUCCAAGAAUACUAACUAUCUCAGUCAUAUUCAUCGUUGAUUCAUAUGUCGACUUCUUAUUUGUCGUAUUAUAAACUAACACCACCAAUUUUGACUGUCUUAAAGCUAGAUAUUAUAUAACAUAUAUAACUACGUAACUGUCAUAACAUAUACUUUUCUUUUUGCAAUGGCUUUGCUAAAUCAGAACAUUUCUUCUUUCAUUAAACGAAUUAAUCACUCCAUCAAAUUUUAAGAUAAUGCCAUAAAACUAAAAAGGUCCAUUGGAGUUGAUGGGGGCGAUAGUUAAAUUCUUCUUUAGUCACUAAUAAUACUUCGGAUUAUUGGCGUGUAAUAGGAGCCUCUCAGCUUUGUAUGCUGAGAUACAAGGGUUACUUUGGGCAGUUUCAUGUAUGAGAGACAAAGGGAUCACUUCGAUACGGUUUGAGACGGACUGCUCGAACUUAGUAGAUAUGACUACAAACCCGAUGGACUGGCCAGCAUUCACGACAGAGAUCGAGGUGUUCCAGAGGUUACAAGAUGACUUCGAUGAUGUGAGAUUGUCUCAUAUUUCUCGGAGUCGGAAUGGCCGGGCAGACAGAUUAGCAAACGAUGCAAGGACCAGAGAUUAUAUUUUCUCCCAUAUAGAUCAAAUCUGGGUAGAUGGAGAUGCUCCUCGGAGGAUCAAUUCGUUUGUUCUCCACUUGAUCUAGCCUAGAUGGGUAGACGACAAAAAAAAAAUCAUAGAGUGGAUUCGAACGUGCUAGUAGAAAGUUAACGAUGGUCCACCUAUAACCACAAGACUAGAAAGUGCAAAAAAUAAGAUAAAACCAUAACAUGUGUUCAAAAAAAAAAAGAAAGAUAAAACCAUAACUGUUACAAGUUUUUAUGGUCUAGCUAUGGUUGAGGCUUUUAUGUCCCUCACCUAAGUCUUUGCUUAUGCAAUUUAAUGAAAGUUGUGUUCAAAAGAAAAAACCAUAAUUGUUCCAAAAAAACAAUACAAACAAAGUUUCACUUGAGUUGAUGAGGACCACGAUAGUGAAAUCCUCCUUUGUCACCGAGGAAUUCACAGAUUGAAUUCAAACCUCCAAGUAGAAAGUUAAAAUAUGUCUAUUACCACAAGACUAAAGUGCAAAAGAAGGUAAAACAAAACAGCUAGAAAUCAGACCAAUAAUAACUUACUAGAAAUCAGCAUCUAAGAUUGGUUUCAUCUUGUACAUACUGUAAUUGUGAAUGAGAGACUGAUCAGGUUACUCUUUUAUAGCCAAAUUCUAAGUUUUAAGAACCAAACCGAUUAUGUUCACUUCUUUCCUAUCACGUUUUAUUGUAACUUACUUUCGUUAACUAAUAAUCUUAUAUUACGUUCAAAAUCAUUGGUAAAGGGGAAAAAUGAACACUUACAUAAAUUUGGUUUUAAAAUACAACAAAGCGAAGCGAACAAUAUAUGAUCAAGUCUUGAGUUAUCUCCAAUAUUAAGAUAGCGAUAUUUCUCUUUAAUUAAUUACAUCCACCUUUCAUUGUGGAAAUUUUCUUUUCUUUCUUUUCAUACACACGACAUCUUCCCAAUUAUAGAAAAUAAUUAACGUAACACAAAGAUAAAAUAAGUUAUAUAUUUCAACUCUUCGUUUGGUCCUACUUAAUGUGUGUAACUCAAAACGUGUUAGUUUUUUUUUCUUUUCUUUUUUUCGUGUGUCAACGACCAAGAUGUGUUAACACGAUAAAAGGAGCAUAAAGCGUUUUGGGUCGCGCAUAAAGCGUUUUGGGGUCGCAAAGGCGCCGCAACGUGAUAAUGCUUCACACGAUUCUAAACCAGAAACAGACAAAACACAAACGCAUAUUAUGGCUCUUUGACCCUUUUGAGCAGAUGAGAAAUCACCAAAAAGGCCAAAGCCGAGGUUAAUAUAUAUUAGAAAAAGGCAAAUAAUACUCUGAUAAGUUCAAAUAUGUUAAGAUAAUAUUCCUAUCAGUAAAAAUGUGUAUAAAAUAUGGCUGUAGGAAAAUGUAUGAUAAGUUCAAAUAUGGCUGUAGGAAAAUGUGUAUAAAAUACCCAUGAACAAAGCAAGGCGUUACUUAGAGACAACCAAAACACCAAGAUGAUGAAGAACGGUCUGCUCAUCAUAGUAUGCAUUUUCUUGGCUAUAGGAACAUGUGGAGGUCCUUUGUUAACUCGUCUCUACUACACCAAAGGCGGAUCACGAAUCUGGUUCAUGAGCUUUCUUGCAACCGCAGGGUGUCCAAUCAUACUCAUCCCUCUCUAUGUCUCCUUCCUCCGCCGCAGCAACCGCAACCACAACAACUCCGAAACCGCAGAAAAAGCUAAGGUUUUCGUCAUGGAAACUCCUCUCUUCAUCGCAUCCAUCGUUAUCGGGUUGCUCAUUGGACUUGACAACUACUUAUACGCAUAUGGUUUAGCUUACCUGCCAGUUUCCACAUCAUCACUCAUUGUGGGAACUCAGUUAGCAUUCAAUGCGAUCUUUUCUUUCUUGAUGGUCAAACAAAAGUUCACUCCGUUCUCUAUAAACGCCGUCGUUUUGUUGACGGUCGGCACAGGAAUCCUGGCCUUGCAUACCGACAGAGACAGGCCCGCUGGCGUGAGCAAGAAGGAGUAUGUGGUUGGGUUCUUGUUGACUUUGAUUGCAGCUGUUCUCUACGCUUUUUUAAUGCCGCUCGUUGAGCUUACUUACAAGAAAGUUCGACAAGAAAUCACUUUCACACUUGUGCUCGAGAUGCAGAUGGUCAUGUGCGUCGCUUCUACUUGCUUCUGUCUCGUUGGGAUGGUUGUAAAAGGCGACUUCGUGGCUAUACCAAGAGAAGCAAGAGAGUUCAUGAUCGGAAGCUCCUUGUUUUACUACACGUUGAUUGUGGUCAUAGGGAUAGUAUGGCAAUGCUUCUUCUUAGGAGCCUUAGGGGUUGUGUACUGUGCGUCGUCUCUAGCUUCUGGUGUUUUCGUCAGUGUUCUUCUUCCGGUGACGGAAGUUUUGGCCGUCGUAUGUUUCCGAGAGAAGUUUCAGGCGGAGAAAGGUGUCGCCCUCCUUCUAUCUCUUUGGGGAUUUGUCUCUUACUUCUACGGUGAGUUUAAAUCCGGCAAGAAAAUUAUCGAUAGUCCUAAGUCUCCAGAAACAGAACUGCCUCCACUUCCAGUUAGUGGCUCUGAUGUUGCUUGAAGGUAUUUUACUUUUCUGUUGCUCUUUAAUUUCUGUUAUGUGUGAUUGUGUGUAUUUUUUUGGUGUGUGAAUAUGUUACUGUUCUUCUUGUGUAAUACAAAACCAAUAAUUGUAUACGCAAGUGUAAAUGUGAAAAUAUUUGAUAAAUGAAAUUAAUUAAAACAUAAGUAGUAAGAUAGAAUUUCUAGAGAGAUGAUUACAAAAUAAAGAUAAAGGAAAUCUAAGUGACGAAAGGUCUAUGAUUACAUAUAAUUAAAACAAAUUGGAUAAAAAAAUUAUCUUCGUUGAAUCUAUCUACAUACUAUCUAUCAUUAUACAAAGAUAACAUUUUAAAACUUUUGAUAUCAUGUGUGUUAAAUCAAAGGAUCUGUAUUUGAUGUUACAACGAUAAAGUCAGAGAACUACAGUAGCUCUUCAUUGACAAAUCUUCCAAUUAUAUUCUUAUUUACUUAAUGUCCUUCCACUAAAAUUAGGAAAGAAAUAAAUUUAAUUUCAAGUUGUUUCCAAACAAAGAAAGAAGUCCAGUUCAUACUGUAGACUUGAAAAAACAAAAUGUACAUAAAAUUAAGAUAUUAAAUUUGAAUAUUAUCAGGGCCAUGAGAUAAUUACAACGUUUUGAUUCGUUAUAUAACUGAUAGCUAAAUCAGUAGAGACAAAGACAGGAAAAAUCAUCGUUAAGUCAAAACAAAACAAAGAUCAUACAUGCUGUAUCUGCAUACAUACAAUGAAACAAAGAAAUUAUUUGAGGAAAAAGACAUUAAGUAGCUUCUGUUUUUGUUUUUGAUAAAUAAUAAAGCCUGCAAACACCAACCCUAAAGUUUCAGUACUCACAGAAACCAGAACAAUCCAAGAAUGCAAGAAGACAAGAACUGUAUAAUAAACUGUAUAAUAUUAGCCAUAUGAAACUGUGGAAGUCCUCUGAUCAUGCAUCUCUACUUCAACAAUGGUGGCAACAGGAUUUGGUUCUCUCCUUUUUUUUAAACCGCAUGUUUGCCAACCAUCUUCAUUUUUCUGCUCUUCUCUUCUCUUACCUUAACCGGCGCAUAAUUUACAAUGGAAGCGAAAACAAAUUUCUUUCUCAUUAACAAUGUCACUCUCAAGCUUCGAUAACUAUUUAUAGGCAUAUAUAUGGAAUAGCUUAUCUCCCAGUUUCAACAGCUGCUCUCAUCAUUGCAUCACAUAUAAUGGUCAACAACAAGUUCACUCAUUUUACUAUGUUGUUGUUUUGUUAACUGCUGGAGCUGCGGUGUUGGGAAUGCAUACAAAACUAAUACAUCAUUGGGUUUUUGGUGACUGUCAGUAGUUGUUAUAUAUGAUUUUUCUCUUGCCAUUGGUAGGUAUGUUUAUGGCUGGUGAUUUAAAGGUUUGUCACUCUUUAGAACUUAAAACCUGCAAAAGAGACUAAACAGAACAAUGUUUUUGACUCAAGUCCUGAAGUACUUCAACUUUUUAAUUUGAGAGCAAGAGAAAGAGCCCAAAGGGAGAGAGCAAGAGAAAGACUAAUCACAGAGGUUAAAGUUCCAAGCAGAGAAGGGUCUUUCUCUUGCUCUCUCCCUUUGUGGUUUUGUCUCUUAUUUUUAUAGUGAGAUCAAAGCGGAGAAGGAUAAGAAGAAUCAAGCAGGAGACAGAAAUGUAAUCUUUGCCUUGAAGAACUAAAAGCGAGCGUUAAACUAAAACGAAGGAGCUUAGAAAGGCACAUCGUAAAGCAUCAUUUAUUAUUUUAUUUCAUCCCUGUUAUAAGAUUAGAGGACGUUUACAACUUGAAACUAUGCAAAAAAAACACAAGGCUUUUCUCUUUCAUUAUCACAUCAAAUGAGUUUGUGAUAGAAUAUGAGGUCAAAUUAUGACCCUUCUGUUAUGCUAUUGAACUGUUUUUGUUCU